GGGGCGGGGCGAAGGUGAUGUCACCGCAUGACUGUGUUUUUAUGAAUGAAAAGAAUCCGCGGGUGAGUAAUCGCGGGGAGCGGGGUUGGAGGCGCCGCCCGACGGCCCGACCCGGCAGCGGCCCCGCGGGGACCAGCGCAGCCUCCCGGGCCAGUGCGAGGCAAGGAUGGCUGCGGACGGGCUCUCCAGCAAGGCCCUGAAGGUGAAGCGGGAGUUGGGGGAGAACACACCGCUGCUGUCAGAUGAGGAGCUGAUGGGGCUGUCGGUGCGGGAGCUCAACCAUCACCUGCGGGGCCUCUCCAAAGAGGAGGUGGCAAGGUUGAAGCAGCGCCGGCGGACGCUGAAGAACCGGGGUUACGCUGCCAGCUGCCGGGUGAAGCGCGUCUGUCAGAAGGAAGAGCUGCAGAAGCAGAAGAUGGAGCUGGAGUGGGAGGUGGACAAGCUGGCCCGGGAGAACGCUGCCAUGCGCCUGGAGCUUGACACCCUCCGUGGCAAGUAUGAGGCCCUGCAGGGCUUCGCCCGCACCGUGGCCGCCCACGGGCCCCCUGCCAAGGUGGCCACUGCCAGCGUCAUCACCAUCGUCAAGUCCGGAGCUAACCAGGCCGCCUAUUCCUAGUGUCGGCCUCCGUCCCCUGGCUGGGCAUGGCCCCCCAGGGUGCCUUCCCCCACAAAUCCCCUCUUACACCUUCCCUGACCUCCUUCCACCAGGAGCUGUGCCUGAAAUCCUCCUUUUCCCACCCCUUGACCUCCAGCUCCUCCAUGUACACAGAACUGCCACAGUGUGGGUGCUGAGGUGGAGGACAAGGCCCUGCUGGUGACCCCCAAAACCCUGCAGCCCCCUCCUUUCUGACUCAGCCCUGUCCCCUGCUGCAGCCCCCUGGCCAGGCACCCCUCAUCCUGGGGGGGGUGCAGGCAGGAGAGGGCAGGCCCACACAGGCAGCAGUGGGGAAACAUCCCUGGGCUCCAAGCUGGCAGGAAAACCCCAGGGGGCUCUCUCCUUUUUUUUUUUUUUCCUUGGGAGAGGGCAUGGGAAAGCUGAGUGUGGGCCAGGCGCUCCUGGGAGCAUGUGCCAGGGAGAGAGGUUUUGUGGUGAGGGGCAGAAGGUAUACAAUGGAGAGGGGGGUUGGCAUUGGCCCUGCAACUUGGACCAUGGCUGGAGCAGGGAGGGAGGUGGCAGCAUGGCUAGAGCCUCUGGGGAUGGAGAUGGUGAGGGAAGGUGGCAGGUCAGAGGGGGGGAGAAAGUGGCUUCAGGUUGGUGCCUGGUAAGGGUGAGCAGGAUGGGAAAGUGCCGUGGCAGCCUGCGGCGCUGGGAGAGCCCAGAGGCAACGGCGAUGGAGGAGGGACCUUUGGGCGGGGGAGAGCUGGGGCAUGUGAGUGGGUCAGCCCAGGCUGUCGUAUGCAAAGGGGAGAAGCUGUGGUGCUGUUUUAUCUCCCUCCGUCACGCACAUCCUUCACGCCUCUUCCUGCCCACGGGACGCUCAGCCUGGCUGGGUGUCUCUGAAAUGCAGCAGCACUGGCAGGAAGGAAGCGGAGGCAGCUGGAGCAGAGAUAAACACUGUUUUACUCAGCACAGGCCAACUUGUACAGCCCCACUAAGUGCUCCCCAGUGCCCCACCGCCUACAAAGCCCGUGGAAAGGUGCUCCUGGCCCUAAGAGUCAGAGCUGUGGAGGCAGAGAGAGGGGUGGAGGUACAGGAGGUAGGAAGCAGGGGUGGAGAGCAUCCCUGCCCCUGGGAGUCGCCUGGCAGGUAGGUAGGCUCCUCCCUUUGUUUUUCCUCCAGCUUGGAUACCUGUAUGGGACAACUGGCUCUUCAGCAUGCUGAAAUGCUAGAGAAGAGUUGGUUUUGCUAAAUACAGGCAGCACAGGGCAGGUAACAGGAGUCGGACCCUUCUUGGCAUCUACUGCUGUAGAUGAUCCCCCCCACCACUCCUUUCUGCCCCUUCCUGGGUAUUGCCACGCCAGCCGCCCUUGGCUGCAGCCUCCAUCCCUCCCUGGAGAGAGGUGCCCACCGCUUGUGGAAGGGGCACUGGUGAGCAUCCCCCCACCCCAGCUCCUCUUGUGUUUAUUUAUUGCACGAACAUAAGUUAUUUUCACGUCCUCUUUGCCAUUCCGCCUCUCGGCACAGCCAGGAUGUUGGUACAGAGCCGUACUUUAUAUUUUAUAUAUGCAAAUCACAUUUUAUCUUAUACUUAUAUAGAGCAAAAAAAAUACUUAUUUAUUUUCUGACUUACAGUAUGUGUCCUACCUGACUCCUCUGUAUUUUGUAGACUUUACAAAUAAAGCAAGUUCUUUUUUUUCCACA